AUGAAAGGAAGAGUAUCUCCAGCUGCAUCCAACUCCAUAGUUUUUAUUAAAUUACCUAAAAAAAAUUCCGAUUCUACUGAAGAUCUUACCAAAGAAAAUAUAGAAGAUUAUGUGGAAUCUGUUCCAAGCACGUCAACUCCCAAAAACAAAAAAGAAUCAUCACCAAAGAUGAUAACACUUUGUACUCUAUGUGGUCGAUACAAAGGUUUUCGAAUGCGUCGUAAUCUAUUUAUUAUAUUAUGUAUUGCUAUCAUUUUGCUUGCAAUACUUACUGGAAUAAUAAUUGUACUCUAUGCAAUCGUUCCAGCCGUAGUUCGUUCUACGAUUGAAAAAGCUGAAUUAUCAUUUCGUUCAAUUAAUAUUGAAGACAUUAAAAAUGAUAAUUUUCGUCUACGUGCUCAAUUAGAAUUAUCACGUACUGGAUCAAUCGCUGCUACAAUACUUCCACCACUUGUUAUUAAUGUAGACAAUAUUGGAACUGUAAGAAAUGAUAAACCGAUUUCUAUUGAGGGUUAUUCUGAUCGUCCUACUAUAGUUCCAGUUGAUUCUCCAUUUAUUAUUUCUGAUUUAGAAGCUUUUCAUAAGUUUUCUCGAUCUCUUAUUUUUGAACAAAAUGUUAUAUGGCAUUUAACAGCAAAAGCAUCUAUACAACCUAUAUCAAGUAUUAUGCCUGUUUAUUCUAAUAUUCCAUUUAAUAAACAGGUAAAACUUAAUGCUUUAAAUAGUCUUCAAAAUGUAAGUAUUAAAUCAAUAAGUCUUCGUCGAUCAGAUGCAUAUCGAAUAUUUGCUGAUAUUAUUAUUGUAAUUCCAAAUCCAUCGGUAUUUAGUAUCGAUCUUGGUGAAUUAAAAUUUUCUCUACACUAUAAUAAUUUACCUAUUGGUUAUGUUGAAUCAACAGAUAGUAAUACAACAUUACGUCCAGGUAUAAAUGCAAUACCAUUUUCUGGUGAACUUCAAUCAAACUCUUCGGAAUCUUAUAAUGCUCUUUCGACAGUUGUACAAAAUUUUCUUACUGGAAAAACAAGUCAAGUUGAAGCAUUAGCUGGUCCAAAUGCAACUUCAUAUUCUUUACUCGCAGUUGGUAUGGAAGGUCUUUCAUUAGGUGUUCAAAUGCCUCCAUUUGAUGAACAACUUAUUCCUUCAUUAAUAUUUGAAUCUAUGUCACUUAUUCCAUCGACAAAUGAAAAAAAAGUAACUCUUUCAGCUUUGAUCACUAUUAAAAUUAAUUCACCACUUGGUCAUCAAUCUCCACUUAAUAUUCAAUCAAUGGAUAUGAAUGUUUUUCUUCUCUAUGAAGACAAUUCUGUUGGUAUGCUUGAUAUUUCUCAAGCUCCAAUAAAACAAAUCAAUGAAGAUACAUAUGAAACACAAUUCAAUGAUAAAUAUUUAAUACUUAGUGAUACGGGUAAAACUUAUGAAAAAUUUGCUCAAAAUUUUAUUAAUGCUAAUGAAAUCAAUCUAAUUAAUUUUCGUAUUAGUGGUGAUGCUUCUAUUAAUGGUUCAUUCGCUCUUGGUCCAUUGAAUAUUAAUGGAAUUAUUGUCGAAAAUAAUAUAUCAUUAGUUGGUCUUGCAGGUCUUAGUAAUGUCAAUGUCCAUGAUAUUUCUAUCGAUGGUGAAGUAGACAGUGCUCUUCAACUUUCUAUUAAUGUAAGCAUUCAUAAUCCUGGUGUAACUGACGUUAAACUACAAAAUUUUACACUUAAUAUGGCUGAUAGUGAUAGCGGAACAGUCCUUGGUCGCGUGCCAAUCGAUGUACUAUCUUUACAUCCGGGAGACAAUAAUAUGACACUGACUGGAUUACUUGCUCCACUAAGCGAACACGAUUUGCCUGUUGUUGGUAAAUUUUUCUCUGCAUAUCUCAAUAAUCAAAUACAAUCAGUAAAACUUUUUCAUGAAUUAUCUACAAAUGAAAAAAAUGCUACUGCUAUGGAUUUAACAAUAAGUGGUUUAUCAAUGAAAUCAAAUCUUAAUGGUAUAGAAACACAAUUAAUUCAACGAGUAGAAGUUCUUAAUUUUGGUAUUGAAUUUGAUUCAAUAACUCCCAAUAAAGUUUACAUAACUGGUGAAUUAUCAGUUUUAUUUCAAUUACCAUCUAAUAUUCAUAUGACAUUUAAAGCAUUAACAACUAGUAUUGAUUAUGUUAUGAGUUUUAAUAAUGGAUCAAAUAUGGGUCAAAUGAUUCUUCAUGACAUACCUGUUGAACAUAAUCAAAUAACUAAUGAACUUUUAAUGAAAUUUGAUAAACAAGAACUUAUUGUUCUUAAUGAAACAGCUUUUCAAGAAUUUGCUGCUAAUCUUGUUCUAACAAAGAAUGUAUCAGUAAUGAUUGAAGGUUUAGCUGCAGCACUUGCUAAGGUCAUAAUAGGAAAUAUUACUUUAACUAAUAUUCCUGUUAGUGAUACUCUUCAUCUUGCUGGUUAUGAUCGAUUUGAUAAUGGACUUUUAAAUAUUGAUGAAAUUGAUUUAACUAAAGCUUUAUCAUCUCAUGAACUUUCUCUUAGUGUAAUAACAAAAAUUAAUAAUCCUUCUACUGUUUAUAUUCUUAAUGGCGGUCGUCUUUCACUUGAUUUACGUGAAUUGACAAGUGGUAUAUCACUUGGUUUAGUUAUUAUUGAUCCAUUUUAUCUUGAAAAACAAGGCAAUAGUACUAUACUUAAUGCAAAAGGUACUUUUACAAUAACUCCACAAAAUUUUGCUAUAGCCGAACAAUUUGUUUCACGUAUGGUUUCUGGUAUAGAUAAUAAUGUAGAAUUAUAUGGCAUAUUACCAGAUAAUUCAACAGGUACUUCUGUUCCUCUACUUUCAAUGGCUAUUUCUGGUUUACGUAUUCGUACACGAGUUCCUGGUCUUUAUGGUGAGAAAACACUCGUUCAACAAGUUCUUCUUAAAAAAUUAACUGCUGCACAAAUAGCUGGUAUUCCACUUGGUAUUGUCAAAACACUUUCUUCACGUAUUCGACUUAAAAAUCCUUUUAGUGCACCGUUAACUAUAACAGGUAUGGAUGUACGAGCUGAUUAUGGUGCUGUAAUCAAUGAGAAUGCACAAGUUGGUACUGUCACUCAUCAUUCACCUAUAAUCAUCGGUGCUCGACAAGAAAUUAUAACACCUGAUAUCAAAGUAAAGAUUACAGCUAAAUUAUCAACACUGCUUUCGCUUUUGACUCCUCUACUAGCAGGCAGUAUUCCUUUAACUUUAUCAGGUUUUAUUAAUGUUACGAUUGAUAAUCAACUUAAUCUAAUCCAGCUUCCAAUUACAUUACUUAAUGUAUCUAGUAUUCAAGAGUCAUCGAUAAGUAGAAUUGAGAUAAAGAAACGGGAACAAACAUCACCCGUGGAAUACAAACAUACGAUCAACAAGCUUAAAAUGGUAGUACAUCUUGGUGGCCUUGCGGCCGUUAUUGUUUUUUAUGUUCUUAUUUUACUUGUUGGAAUAUGGGCUGGACGAAAACAAAAAUCAACUGAAAAGUCACCCGAUACAGAAGAGAUUAUGUUAGCAGGAAGGAAUAUUGGUUUACUGGUUGGAAUAUUUACAAUGACAGCAACAUGGGUUGGAGGUGCAUAUAUUAAUGGUACUGCUGAACAAGUUUUUUCUACGGGUCUUCUUGCAUGUCAAGCACCAUUAGGAUAUGCUAUUAGUUUAGUUGUUGGUGGAUUAUUAUUUGCACGACCAAUGCGUAAUGCCGGAUAUGUUACAAUGCUUGAUCCAUUUCAGCGUAAAUAUGGCCAACGAAUGGGUGGAUUAUUAUUUAUACCGGCAUUAUUAGGAGAAGUAUUUUGGUCAGCAGCUAUUCUAUCAGCAUUAGGAGCAACAAUUAGUGUUAUUUUUACGGAUGUUUCAACUGUAGCAUCAAUUGUUAUUUCAGCAACUGUGGUUAUUGUUUAUACUCUGUUCGGUGGAUUGUAUUCGGUAGCUUAUACAGAUGUUGUUCAACUUGGAUUUAUUUUUGUUGGUCUUUGGGUUGCUAUUCCAUUUGCUAUGAAACAUGAAGCUGUCGGUAGUAUUGUUACUACAUGGCCUGAAUGGCGUGGACACAUAGAAAAAUCUCAAAUAGUUGAAUGGACUGAUAGUAUGUUAUUAUUAAUUUUUGGUGGAAUACCAUGGCAGGUCUAUUUUCAACGUGUUCUUUCAGCUAAAUCAGCUAAGAAAGCAAUGUAUCUUUCAUUUUGUGCUGCUAUUGGUUGUAUUGUAUUGGCAAUGCCACCUAUACUGAUUGGAGCUGUCGCUAAAUCUACUAAUUGGAAUAUGACAGAUUACGAUAUAAAUAAAGAUAUAACAGCACCUGAAGCAACAAAACUGAUUUUGCCAUUAGUUCUUUUACAUUUAUGCCCAAAAUUUAUUGCAUUUAUUGGAUUAGGCGCUGUUUCUGCUGCAGUUAUGUCAAGUGCUGAUUCGAGUGUACUUAGUGCUAGUUCUAUGUUUGCUCGAAAUGUUUGGAAACUUGUUUUUCGUGAUCAAGCAUCUGAACGAGAAGUUUUACUUGUAAUGCGUAUUGGAAUACUUCUUGUUGGAAUAGGAGCUGCUGGAAUUGGUAUUCUUGUAUCAUCAAUUUAUGUUCUCUGGUAUUUAUGUUCAGAUCUUGUUUAUGUCAUACUUUUUCCACAAUUACUUUGUGUUGUUUAUGUUCCACACUCAAAUACAUAUGGUUCAUUAGCAGCAUAUAUAACAGUUUUUCAAUCCUCGUUUUUACCAUAA